CCGGAAAUUUGCACGUUUUAUGAACAUUAUUAAGUAAAUGAAGAUGUUACAAACUUUAAGCAACAGUGUAAUCGACUGGAUGCUACCUACAGGUGAUAUUAAAACAGCUUUCAACGAUAUACCAACUGGUCAUACACCAACUAAUGCAUCAGAUGACAGUUUUCGAGAUUUUUCAAAAUGGGAAAAUUUAAAUACUCCAACACCACUUGACAAAGAGUCGGACAACUACUUUAUUUACCCACCGAAUACAACAAUAAAAGCUGAACCAGCAGUCGUCACUGAAGGUGAUCAAAGUUUUCACACUCGUGGAGUAGCGGAAUAUUAUAAUGAUAAUAAUUUACAACUAUUUGGAGUAGAAUAUUUAAAACCAUUGAAUGAAUGUGAAAAUCACUAUGUUGUAACUCAGUCAUCAACUCCAUUAGUCUAUUGCAAUUUAGAAUCAUAUCCUGCUUCAUCUACGACUAAUCAGCCGAUUAAAUCUGAAGGACAAAAUGAUAAUUUGUCCUUAUUAUCGCCUAUAACUCCAGUACCUAAUUAUGAUAAUACAAAUGUUCUAAUUGAUCAAUGGUCUACUGAUACAUCUCUACAUCCGACCAAAUUCACCAUUGACGACAUGAAUUCAUCGAUUUAUGCCUGCCCAUAUGACAAUAACAGUAAUAAUGUUGUAUACACUUCACUGGAAACACAUAUACCAUGGACUACAUAUCAUAACAGUAAUAAUAAUGAUGUUAGUAAUAGUAACACUAUCACAACAAGUCAUAAUAAUAACAUUAGUGUAAACAACAAUAUGAUCAAUCAUAGAAAUUAUAUGCAUCCAGCAAUUGAUCAUACCUGCUGCUCUACGAGUCUAUCAACAAAUAUCCCUAGGAUAAAUAAUGAUCAAGGAGAAUAUUGUUGUAAUACUACUAAUAAUAAUAAUAUUUGUAAAAAAGAAUUUAUAUCAAGUGAGUUGUCAUUAAUUCCUCCUCCUCCUCAUCAAAAUAAUAAACAGUAUCAAUUAAAAUUAUCUGAUCAACAGAAACCAUUUGUUUGUGGUAUGCUGAAUUGUAAUAAACGUUUUGUUCGAAUUGAUGAACUUAAACGUCAUCAACGUACACAUAGUGAAAUUAAACAAUUUGUAUGUGAUAUCUGUAAGAAAGGAUUUACACGUAGUGAUCAUUUAAUGACACAUCGUCGUACACAUACUGGUGAAAGACCAUAUGAAUGUAAACUAUGUGAUCGUCGAUUUGCCCGGUCAGAUGAACGUAAUCGUCAUACUAAAACGCAUAUGCGUGAUAAACCAAGAAGAGGACGUAAACCGAGGAAUGCAAAUCUA